CUUCAAACAGUGCAGUUGUUAUCGUUUGCCUCUGUUCGUUGCAGGUGGCCCGCUGAUCUAUGCUGACUAUUCAUCUCAUCCUCACCGUCACGAGCGUUCCCUCCCUGCAGGGCCGGUAGCUACUGCGGCGCCGUCAAGGAUAUGGACCACUCACUGUCCACAUCGCCGCCUGAGCUCUGCCACUGCACCAACUGCCGCAAGGCGAUGGUGACCAAUGACAUCUCGCUUUCACGGUGAUUGAUGGCGUCUUCGGUGCCCGACGACCUGUGGCGAGGCCGGGUGGUGAGGUGCCUGCAGCUGCCUGAUGUGAUAUCUCUCCGCAAAACCUCCCGCGCCAUCGGCACGUCCAUCAUCACGGCCGCUCUGCUGGUGGAGCGCAUCGACGGCUCCCUCGCCCGCCACUCCCUCACCGGCCUCAUCGACAUCGACCGCACUGCCCCUCUCCCAUUCAGCUAUGUGCUGCGGGCGGCCUAUGUGCUGGAGCAGGGCAGCGACGAGUGGCCUGGGAUGGGGCGGUUCAUCCGGCUGGCCGCCAUCUAUCGGCUGACCCCUGCCAAUGGGCUGCCCCUGGUGCUAUCGGCUCAGUGGCUGACAGCCAACCUGCCCAGCAGGACGGCAUUCCACCAGCUGCCAUUGGCGAUGGCGAUCUAUCGGCUGUUCGGCCACCUGCUCACACACAACGGACACAGCCUGGCGCUGCAGCAGGCCGACAAUGGGAGCUAUAGGAUCAGCAAUGAGUCGUUUCGUGUGGUGCCGUUGGGUGAGCUGUGGGGCGGCCAUGGCUAUGCUGAGGGCUACAAGCGGGCCGACCCUAUCAUCCGACACGGCAUAUGGAUCUUCCGCUCAUUCUCGGCAUUCCUGCUGGCCACGCUGCUCUGCUGGCGGUGCAAUGGAGAGGGAGUGGGUCAGAAGUUGGUGCUCUCUGCACAGUUCGGCCAUGGUGACCCUCGCUUUGGCCGUCUGCUGAGGACCGACGACAUCAGUGAGGAUUUGGGCAUCGUCGCCGACUUUCGCUACGAUGGGGGGGAUCUGAACCAUGCUGAUGCGGAAGAGAGGCGUUUUGUGGUAGUCAGAGGCUUCCGCCAGGGCGAGACCGUCGCUGCCUUCCUCUGGAUUGGGUAUGGCAGCAUCGUGCUGCGGACGACCGAGCCAUCCGCUGCGGAUGCACCUGCAUCACUCGCCCACCGCUUCCCAAUUUCGGAGCCCCUGUGGCGCCGUCUGCUGCAGCGAUUCGGUCUGGAAACCGACGUCAUGGACAGGGGUAUAGUGGUGGGGUGAGUGUGGUGCUGGCUGGCGAUUUGUGUUGCUGUAUGCUGGCCGGGCAGUGUGGGAGUGGUGGAGGGGGGCUGACGUGACUGAGAAUGAAUGAGUGAAGGUCACGAUUACUUUUAUGUCAGACUCAAUGGCUGCAUAUGGCAUCGC